AUUGCUGUCGGGGUAAUCCCUCCUCGAACAUGUGAUCUACUAAUGACUGUCACAUGCUGCAGCAGGAAGUGAGGUCUGCCUGUCCUUCGCUGUGUAAACACAGGCAAACACACAGCACAUAACAUCAAUCUCUAUUUUAUAUCUUCAUGAAGUAAUGCACAGCAUCCUCAGCCACUAAAUCAGGAGAGCCAGGAUUUGCUGUGUUCGAAGGCAUUGCAUCCUGGUAUCAAUUUACAUGGGCGCCACUAUCUGUUGGAGCAGAGAGCAGUACCUAGUGUGGCCAGAUGAUAACCCAGAGAAUACAGAGAUAAUAAUGAUGUGAAGGCAUUUGCUUUAUUCCUUGUACAUAAGUGGAACUAGCACAAGCAAAGAAAAUGGUCCGCCUAUACAACUGCCACCCAUACGGCUCCCAGCGGAUUGUGCCCACCAAGCAAGUGCCAGAGGUGUUCUGUUGUGGUGGAGACAGUGUGUUUGUGACCUGUGCUGGUGGGUGUAAAGUGGAAGUAUUCACCGUAUGUAAGGACUUAUGCCAGCCUCUAUGCAGCUUUAACACUCUGGGCAAAGUGCUUGACAUGAAGUAUUGCGAUAUUGGAGACUAUUUGGUUACUAUUGAAUCAAAAAAUAACAUUUCUGCAUUGAGGACAUAUGUGAAUUGGCGAUGUCAGGCCACUGUAUCCUCCCGCAUCAGUGUGCGAAUGCUUGGAAUUAGACUGGAGUCUUGUCAUUCUGGAUCAGCAAAGGAUCAGAUGGAAAUCAUAGAAAUGCCUCUUUCUGACCCUCCAUUAUCCCUUGCUUGCUGUCCCAUGCGUGGAGACCUUCUUGUUGGAUGCAAGUCUAAACUUAUCAUCUUCAGCUUAAAGUACAUGUCAGUCCGUGAUGUACCAGUGUUAGACUUUGAGCGUUCGCUGAUUUUACACGUUAUGGGUAUUAUUCCGACACACAUUACUUUUUGUGCUGGGUAUAUAGGCAUCUCUGCAGACUUAGAAGUAUUGUUAAUUAAAUUAAUGCCUACACCAUCUGAAUCACCUGAAACUACAUCUCCAAAUCAAAAAGAACUGGAAACAGUACCUGACAAAGAGCCUAAGAAUCCUCUUCCACUGCAGUCCCACCUGCGAGAACUGGAUGAUUUUGUAAUGUGUCAAAGGCCUGUGGAACUGGUAGGCGAGGAAUGUAAAUCCUGCAGCGUUUUAGUGACCCCAGAAUCAACCGGACUCUCCACAGACUUAACAAGACCUUCCCAAGUAUAUCACGUACUCUACAGGCGGUUUGCUCCAGACUUUUCCGAAGGACUAUCUGUUGAAAACACCAGAUUGCAUUCUUUGCAGCUGCUGCCCAUAUAUAAAACCGGCUUUGUUAUUGAUUCCGAAGAAACCACUCCCCAAAAAGAACUGCUAAGCUUGUUCUGUUUCUUUUCAUUGCCACAUACCGGCUAUUUAUACACUGUGGCAAAUGAGGUCAAACAGAUCUCUGUCUAUCGGUACCCUGAAAGAUCUCAGCAGGCAGUUUUGACUCCACAGUUUCUCCAUGUCAUUACAAGUAACAACUUGCAGUGCUUCACUGUAAGAUGCAGUGCAGCUGCAGCCCGAGACGAAGACCCAUACAUUGAUACCACUAUGAAGACUUGCCCACCUGUAACACUUGAUGUUUGUACGCUAAGAAUGCAGCUCUUUAUAGGACUUAAAGCCAUUGACCAUUUUAAAAACUAUAUUAUUAUCUUGACAAAAGCUGAUAUUGAGGAUGUGACAGUGAAAGGAAAAAGCCCCAAAACAAUGCAUUCGUGGAAAAGUGGAAGUGUUAAAAACAAGACCUUACCAGAAACUGGGCCUGGUUGGAACCUAUAUGUCGUGAGCACAAUGUCAACAAUCCAAAUCUACAAUGAACUGGUAGAGUAUAGCAGGAGAUAUGAUACGAUGAAGACCCAUGGCAGCAUUCACCUUCUGAGUGAAGCUCAUUUAUUGGUGAGGGCAUCUCUAAUGGCUCCAAAUGUAGAUGAAAUCACAGAGAAGGCUGAACUGAUAGCCGCAUUCAAAGACAGUUGUGCAAGUCUAGGUCAGUGCUUCAGCAGGUUAGACACCAAGCAUUCUCAUCUGACUCUCCCUUACUUCAAGAUGUCUGGCUUGUCUGUAUCGAAAGUUAUACAGAGAGUUUUGUCCAAUGAAUUUUCUCUGGAUUAUGGAAAAGGAUUCAUGUUUUAUCUCAAGCAUACUCUCUUUGAGGAACUGGAUGAAGAGCUCAGUGAAGACAUGGCUUUAAAAGCACUGCAGAUCUUUAGCAACCGUGAGCCAAGUCAUCUUCCUUAUGUUUUGUGCAGUUCCUGCAUGGCAAAUGUGUGUCCCAAGAAAGCAAUGGAUUGCCUGCGAAAGUUAGAAUCUAGUUCUCCAUCGGCAUUAAUCUCCCUCACAAAGGCGUCCAUGGCAUUACGCAUGCAGGACGCUAAGACGUGUGAAAUUGAAAUACAGCGCCACCCAGAGAUGCUGUUACUAUGUGGCUUUGUGGAUGAACCAAGGUUGCUUAUGAGACACAGGAGUAAAGAAAUGAUUCCAACCCAGAUGGCUUAUCAUUUCAAAGACAUUCAACCUGGAUUACUGGUGGCUUCUGCAGUAGCUUUACAUGAAAAUAGCAAGAUUCAUCUGAAAAAUGCAGAGAUAUUUUUUAAGGUGCUGUGUGAGAAGAUGGAUGAUGACGAGAACAUUCCCCAGAUGCUUGUAGACUUUUGGGAAGCAUUACUUUCCACAUAUCCUACUGAGUCUAUCUUACAGGAUAUUCUUUUCAAAUUGUCUUCUCAUUAUGUGUGUAGAAUACGCGAUCUCCAACAACAUACCUGUGUGAAACCAUUAAAGAGCCCUGAAGAUCUGAGAAAUUCCUGCAGCCAUUUUGGAAUAAUAAGCCCAUGGAUUUCAAGGCUGGUGUCCUCAGAGACUGCAUCUUGUCUUGAUUGUGGAGACCUGAUGAAAUUACAGUCUCUGCUCUGUGGGCCAUCCAUGGAUAUUCCAUCGUUUCUUCCUCUUUUAAAGUUCAUCCCAGAAGAGAACAACUCUAAUUUAAGCAUUCACAUUAUAUGUGAAACACGCAUGAUGGAAUAUGAAAAUGCAAUAGAGAGACUUUUGGAUCGGUGUCCUGAAGCUGUUAUACAAUAUGCCAGACAUGAGAUAAAGAAUGGGAGCCAGGCUCUCUGGUGGAACAAGUUGCUUCCUGAACUGUGUCAUCGAAUCAGGCAGAGUGAAAGUGAAAACAAAACCUUAAUCGCCUCUUUAAGAGACACUCUGGAGGUGAUCAGCGUGGAGCUUGAGCUGCAGGACUUCCUGAAUGUGCUUCCUGAUGAUGGAACUGCUGUGUUUUUCCUGCCUUAUCUUCUAAACCAAAGAAAGCUGGAUAUUUAAUUAAUAUGAUUGUGUAAAUUAGCAAUCAUCCCAAGUUUGGAAUGUACAGUGAAUAAAACCUCAUCUGUGA